CGACUCCCUCGAGUGAGUAAAUGUCGGACAUUCAACCUCCAGACAAAAACACCCAGGGCUCGCCACCAUGCAUCCCCAUCUUCACACAAAAGACAACGCAGGCUGCGAAGAAAUUAUGACCGCCCUCGACGAAUGCCACGCCCGCGGCUUCCUCUGGAAAUGCAUGGGCAUGUGCAGCGGCCUCAAGACCGAAGUCAACAAGUGCCUUCGCGCGGAGCGGCUGGAGCGGACGGCGCAGAAUCGGGAGGAGGCGAGGGCGCGGAAUGCGCGGGUCAAGGCGGCUUGGGCGGAGAUUGAGGCGAACUCUUGAAUACUGGGCUGCGGUCUGGCUACGCGAUGGAAGAUUGCCUCUGGGCGGGACGAGUGAGGAUGCAAGAUUUGCGAACCAGGGGUUGAUGGCAUGAGUGAGGGAUCGAGACCAUUUCACUGUCUGAAGACACUGCUACAAGCUGUUCCACGGAAAUGGAGAUUGUAUGCGGAUAUGGAAGAGAAUCACAAUGCUGCCAUGGCGCGCAGGUGAAACAACACGCCAAAGGACAAGAGAUGGAUAGAGAGCCUGGGGAUGGCCGAAACAAGUUGACGAACGGAUGUAGCGAGCGAGGGGAAGGGAAGCCCUGCCGCGCUUUGUACUCAUUGCGCUGGCUGAUUAAAAGUAAUGGAAUGCAACGAUCGUGACUUAAGCAGCGCCAAACAGAGGGC